ACUACACUAUGUGUGUAUCCACCGGCUGGCCACACUAAACGGGGUAAACAAAAGUUGUGUUUGUUUAUUGGCGAUUUGUUUUGAGUGGGCAAGAGCGCAAAAAGGCCGUUGGUAGGCCAUGUCGAAGCUGAGCGACACCAAGAUCCCGAUCACGGAGUUCCUGGAGGCGUACCGUCGCCAGCCGUGCCUCUACAACUCGCUGCUGGACACCUACAAGAAUCGGGUGUCCCGGGAGGAAGCCUACGAGGCGAUAAUCAGGGCCCUGAAGAUUCCCCAGUUGACCGUGGUGGACAUCAAGCUGAAGAUCAAGAGCGUGCGCACUGUCUACUCCAAGGAGCUUCGCAUCUGGAUGCGCGAAAAGGAGCUGGGUAGGAGCUACGAGCCCAAGUUGUUCUGGUUCAAGUUGGCCGACUCAUUCCUGCGCACCGUUUCGCUCUCGCACUGCAAAAGGUCAAAGAACAAACAUGCUGGUGCCCCCCAAACGCCGGUUAAAGCGGAGGAGUCGCUGGUGCCCUCGAGCAAACUGCUUUUCACUGCCGCCGCGGAUAUCAGCAUGAGCGAGGAUGCGCUGGAGGAGGAGGACGAGGAGCAGAAUGGCGAGGGGGAGGAGUGUCCUCCGGACCAUGGCAAACCGCCGGGCAGCAGCUGCAUCAUUUCCAUGGCCACGGAAAACGCUCGUGGCGGCAAGGCCGAACUAAUCAUCGAUGAUUCCUCACUCUGUUUGGUGGACCAGCAGCAGCAGCAGCAUCAUCAUCAGGGUCAUCCCCAGCAGGCGCCGACAACGCCGGCACAGCGAAAACUAAAGUACAACACAGGGCUGGACUCCGCCGGCGAUGAUGAACUGAUGAUCUUCGGCCAGAGCAUCGCCUCCCAGUUGCGCACCAUUACGGACUCGUAUUCCCGGUCCGUGGCUAAGUUGCGCAUCCAACAGGUGCUGUUCGAGGCGGAAACAGGACAAUUUCAAAGCACCGAGGUCAAUAGUACGCAGCUCCAGCAUACCUUUUAAUCCUUAAGCCUAGAUCUAAGCCAAAUAGUUUGUUCAUGAGGUCCACGAAGCUCUGGAUAAGCCCAUUUCCCAGGGUUAUAUCCAUCUUGUUUGUCUUUCAGUGUUUGUAGGUAAGUUUAUUCCAAUUUUUGACGAUUAAGUUUAACAUGUAAAUAUACCUUUACAAAAAUAUAUAUGUACCUUGUAAGCAAAAACCGCAAUGGAUCAAAUUGUGGUGACUCCAAAUGGAAAUCUUUCAAAAUGUAAGAACGUUAAGAAUUGUAAAGCAAAAUUGUUCGAGGCUUAAAACUGUGUACUAUGUUUUAACUUAGCAAGAUCUGGACAUCGGAAAAAUAACUCUUUAAAUAGCUUAGAACCUCUGGAUAAAUAAAAUCCAAUUGUAAAUAUCCGUUUUCAAAAAUGUAAGUCAUUCAAAAUAAAAUAAGCA